UUGUGCCACACGAGUGGAAAGCAGCUGCCAUUCGUCGAAAGCUAGGAUAUUUCAAGAAGGGGUCGCCCGAGUGGAUGGUAUGCACAGGGGGAGCUGAGCGGAAGGAGAGGUAGAUUUUGAGGAGAUAAGGGAGUGCGAGCGAGCGAUCUGCGAGAGAGGGUUGAAGAAAAGGGGUCGAGUGUGAGAGGCAUAGAGAGAGAGGAGUGAGAACGCGAGUGCGAGUGCGUGAGCGAGAGGGAGAGAAGAGAGAGAGAUUGAGGGCGUCUUCUGAUCUUUCUUUACAGGAAGUGAGUUAGGGUUUCUCCCUGUAACUCGAUUUCUUGUUCUUCUUCCCUCGAAUCGCCUUCUCAAAUCUCAUGGAUAGGAAGCUUGUGGUUCUUGGGAUUCCCUGGGAUGUUGAUACCGACGGGCUGAGGGAGUAUAUGAACAAAUUUGGAGAAUUGGAAGAUUGUAUCGUGAUGAAGGAGCGGCACACUGGUCGAUCUCGUGGUUUUGGCUAUGUGACAUUUGCUUCUGCUGAAGAUGCAAAGAAUGCUCUUUCAAGUGAGCACAUUCUCGGUAAUCGAUCGCUGGAAGUGAAAAUAGCUACGCCUAAGGAAGAGAUGAGACAACCAGCAAAGAAAGUAACCCGGAUAUUUGUGGCUAGAAUCCCCCAAUCUGUCACAGAAGCGGCAUUUCGAAGUCACUUUGAGACAUAUGGUGAGAUUACUGAUUUAUACAUGCCAAAGGAUCAAGGUUCCAAAGGACAUCGUGGGAUUGGGUUUAUCACGUUUGAAAGUUCUGGUCAGGACUUACUAAUUCUCCCUGAAUCUCAUAUGUAGAUGUCGUAAACAUAGAGGCAGUUUUGCUCUCUUUGGUACUUUUUUCUUUCAUAUGUUUACUUGUCAACUUCAUGACCAUUUAUGAUAU